AUGAUUACUGUCAACACAUCACAUGGUGAAAUCACUACCUUCCUCUUGGUUGGGAUGCCAGAGCUGGAAUCUUCACACAUUUGGAUCUCCAUUCCCAUCUACAGUAAGUAUCUUGUUGCCAUUUUGGGAAACUGCACCACUGUUUUUAUCAUCAAGACAGAAUUCUCCUUACAUUAGCCUGUGUACUAUUUCCUUUCUAUGCUGGCCUUAUCUGACUUGGGUUUGUCUCUGUCAUCUCUGCCAACCAUGUUGGGGAUCUUCUGGUUUAAUGCCCUUGAAAUUUCUGCCAAUGCUUGCUUUGCCCAGGAAUUCUUCAUCCAUGGAUUCUCAGCACUGGAGUCAUCAGUCCUCCUGAUUAUGUCUUUUGACCAUUUUCUAGCUAUUCACAAUCCUCUGAGAUACAGAACCAUUCUUACAUCAGUCCGAGUUGCCCAAAUAGGAAUUUCUCCUAAGAGCAUCCUGCUGGUUCUUCCCUUUUCCUUCACUUUGAGAAGCUUGAAAUAUUGUAGUAAAUACCAAUUGUCUCACUCUUACUGUCUCCACUGGGAUAUCAUGAAGUUGUCCUGCUCUGAUAACAGAAUUGAUGUCAUCUAUGGAUUUUUUGGGGCACUCCGUUUUAUGGUAGACUUUAUGUUUAUUACAGUGUCUUACAUCUUGAUGUUCAAGACUGUUGACAGAAUUGCAUCUCAAAAGGAGCAGCUCAAGGCCCUCAAUACUUGUAUUUCACACAUCUGUGAAGUGAUCAUCUUCUAUCUGCCCAUCAUCAACCUAGCCAUAGUCCAUCACUUUGCCCAGCAUGUCUCUCCCCUCAUGAAUGUUCUCAUGGCAAAUGUUCUGUUACUUGUACCUCCACUGAUGAACCCAAUUAUCUACUGUGUGAAAACUAGACAGAGCAGAGUAAGAGUUACAGCAAAAUUGUAUCAUAAGUAG